AUGGCGGGUUUCCAGGGACCUCGUGGACCAGGGAAGACUGCGCCAAGACUGAUCGAAGAUCUGCUCGACUAUGACCCAAGAUAUCGAGCACAGAAGGACCAGCGGAACCUUCUUGCGGAAGAUGCCCCUCACUUUCGCGAGUCUCAGGUUCCUGCCGUCCCACCAAGAAAGGGAGACUUCGACUGUCGGCACGAGCUUAUGUUGAAGCAAGGCCAAACAGUUGCCCCGUUCUCUGCCGACGAAGACCCAGAUGAGACAACGCAGUAUGUGGUAUCGACAUAUUGCUACGAAUGUCGAUGGUACUUCGAUAUCAGGGUGGAUUAUACACAGUGGAAAGAGAAUUCGGUAGCUUGUCAGCUAUCUGAUUCUGAAAAUCGACUGCACCAUUUUCGACUCGUAGAGACGAUCUACCCACCACAAGACGAGAACAAAUAUAAGUCUGUCGCCGAGAUCCAUAGCUUUGUGUGCUCGGGGGACCUCUGCCCAUGUAAGGUUGAGAUCAGGAUAAGCCCCCCAAAACUUACGCCUAACCUCCUCGGCCUCAUUCUCACUGCUUCAAAGGUCCACAACCGUGGAAGGAAAGAGAUCGAAGCAGAGCCAGAGAGAUAUCCGGGCCUUGGACCGCUAGUACCACUCCAAGUGUUAGGAUACCUUCGACAGUAUCUUAUUGAUGCCCGGACCGGUCAGGCUAAACGGAUCGCUAAACGGAAUAAGAAGUACAUGCUUGCAUUUGGACCAGAAUGUGAGCCCCUCUUCGAAUACUUGGGUUUUACUUCCACAGAGGUGGAAAGUUCCGAACCAGGCGAGGGUCCGAGCUACUUUUGGACUCUUCCCCAGACUACGGAUGCUAACCGUGAAUUUCUCGGGGAUGUGGAGGUCGAGCUCCAAUUGAAAAUCAAAAUGCGUCCAGAAAGUGAAUAUCAGGCUUCAGGAGCUUCGCGCAUUGAACUCAUGCCAGUAAUAGCUCGAAAGGCUAUCGAACGGAGCCUCCGAUUUGUGGACUACCCCGUGACUGCAAGGUCAAGGACGGUAGAUCUUUCAGUUCCUUCUCACCCACAUUAUGCCAGCCUAGGAUCUUUACAUGACUUUUCAGACGACUUGCUAACCUGGGCUUAUGAACGCCAGUGUCAAUGUGAUCCGGAAAAUAAACCAUACUAUCUGGACUGCUUGACAGGAAUAGCCAACGGGCGAGAAAGUGCUGACUUGCAAACGAAAGUGGCUCUUGUCGAGUCAGCUGGCGAAUAUGGACAGCAAGCUAUCGAGCAGGGUUACCAUUACUUUGGCUUAGAUUACAAGACACCGGAAGAAGAUGAUCACAUCAUGGGUCUCUACAAGUCGAGAAUCGAAUCAGCUCCACGUACAAAAGAUGAAUGCAAAAAGCAUUUGCUUAUUAUCGCGAAAGCUAGGAAUAGCGACAAGAUUGCUGCACUUGCGAACGAUAGGGCGAUGACUUACGAGGAGGCUAUGGAUUUUUUGAAUGUAUCGACAGAGACCCCGCCAGAUAUGGUUCAGGCUUCGGCCGUUGCAAUAGCCAGCGAUGGAGAUACAACUAAAGCCGCACGAGCAAUGCGAGUCAUUGCAAAUAAGCGUAACGACUACCAUUUGCAACAAGCAGCUACAGAUAUGGAAUCUGGAACCACAACUAAUAUUUCCAUUGAUGAAGCAUACCGUCGACUUCAGGUCAAAGACCGCACGGCCAAAGAUGAGUUGGUCUUCAUGUACUACCAAGAACUCACCAAGGAUGUCGGGGCUGGGUCAAGGGAUCACUAUGCCGAGGCCUUACGUGCCAUUGCUCUAGAAAGGUCCAGUACUUAUCUAUUUGCAAAGCUUGACGACCCAAAUGCCAUCGUAGCACCUGCCCGAAGCACGUCAGAUCAGCCUAUUGGUCUCGACAACAUCGGCAAUACAUGCUAUUUGAACAGUCUUCUACAGUACUACUACACCGUCAAGGCCAUUAGGGAUGUUGUGAUGAAUUUCCAAGACCAUCGCAUGCCUCUUGGCGAAGAAGAUAUCAAGAAGAAGAGAGUCGGUGGGCGAAGUGUCGCGAAGGCCGAGAUUACCAAAGCCCAGAAGUUCGUGGAUGAACUACACAGCCUUUUCGAAAACCUCAAGACCGCGUCGACAAGUUCGAUUAAGCCCACCAGGGACCUCGCGGAGCUGACACUCUUUAGCUCAGCUGCAGCCGCGAACUUCCGCCGAGCUUCCGUUAGUAGCCCCCGAGGAGUAAACAUAGCAGCAUCUUCAUCCACAUAUCCUAUAUAUGGCCCAGAGCCUCGCCCACAGACUUCGCCAGCGCGCUCUUCGACAGCUCCGGUCAAAGAAGACCUUGAAAUGAUCGACCAUCCUGGUGACAAGAAUCUGGAGAAUGGCUCUGUAAGCAGCGAAGCAACCCUUGUGAAUAUGGAUACUCUUCCUACCUACAAUGAGGCGGUUAGGGGCGGUACAGAAUCUUCUCCAACCACCGAGACAGGCGAUGAUGAUCAACCAAUGAUUGUAGAUGGUAAAGACUUGGAAGGGGAUGCAAUCAUGCUCAACGGUGAGGAUGGCGUCAAUGGGGAGAAAGUGUCAUCUGCUCCCGAAAAGCCACCGCCCGUACCGCCGCGAAACAAACAAGGACUUGUUGUUCAGAUAAACGAAAGCAAGGAACAAAUCUCUGAUGAUGAUCUUUGGAGAUUUGGCUCUCAACAAGAUGUCACAGAGGUGAUUGGAAACGUUAUGUUCCGGUUGCAGUGUGCUAUAAAACCAACAAGUAUCGAUGAACGAUCGGGCGAGCAAAUUGACAUUAUUCGAGACACCUUCUACGGUUCGAAUGUGGUUUACUCUCAAAAGGCGCAGACACUCGAGAGAAAGGUAGAGGCUUUUGCAAGUCUCAAUGUAUUUCCAGCAUUUUCAGGGCCCCGUGACAUUUACGAAGCUCUCGAUGUCUUUUUCGAUGAGCAGUUCGUCCACAUUGACAAUACCCUUGUUCCGCAACACUCUUCUAUCGAUAAACUUCCCCCGAUCCUACAAAUACAAAUCCAACGUACGCAAUUCGACCAAGUCAAGCAACUCGCCUCUAAAAACCAGAAUCCGGUCACGUUUCCCGAGACUAUCUACCUCGAUAGAUACAUGGACGCCGACCCAGAAUCGUCUUUGAUGCAUCGCCGGCGUGACACAUGGAAAUGGAAAUCAGAACUGAGAAAGCUCGAAGCUCGGCAGGAAUCUCUGAAAGGCAAGAAUUCGGAACUUGCAGUUCCUGAUGCGCUGUUGGAAGCCAAGAACUUGGUUGUCGGCAUUAAGGAGGAAAACUUGACUGGUAUUCCCAUUGAGCCCGGUCUCCCCGAAGCUAUCGCAGAGCGGGCUGCCGAAAUUGUCGAGGAGCUCGAGACUAUCAACACGGCAAUCGACAAACUCAAGCGUAGACUGAGCGAACAGUUCAUGGACAUGCAUCAGUAUGAAUACAAACUUCAAACGGUUUUUAUUCAUCGCGGCGAGGCUGGAGGCGGACAUUACUGGAUAUACAUCUACGAUUUCGAAAACGACAUCUGGCGGAAAUACAACGAUGAUCAUGUGGACAUCGUGAACGAUCGGAAGGAGAUCUUUGAACCUCAUCAGAUAGGUGGUGGAACGCCGUACUACCUUGCCUAUGUGAGGAGUCAAGACAAGACAGAUUUGGUCCAGGCUGUAUAUAGGGAUGUCCCAGACGCGAUGGAUGUUACGGAUACCUGGGCAGGCGAGAUGGAAGACGAAGGAGUAGUGAUGCAAGAUGAUGACAAUAGAGGCGUGAGACAUGUAGAGCAUGUGAAGCCACGACCAUUGAGGCCGAAGCCGCCUAUUUCCGCCGUUCCUGAUCAGGCCCCACUUAGUAUAUGGGAGGCUGUUCCCACCAACGGCGUGGACGCGAAUGGAAAGCCUUGGUAG